UAUCAUGAUGACAUCCUGUUGGCUAGGACUAACAGAUGGACACUUGGCUCUGUAACCUGUCCCUAGACAUCCCUCCCCACCCUGCACUGGUUGGACUCUGGCUAUUGGUCCCCUCAUCUGGAAGGACCACUCUGACCUAGGCACACAGACAUGUGACUCAAAGCCAGCUCUCAAUGGGAGCUCACAGAAGGGCCCCCCAUCUCUCAGCAGAUGCAGGGUUCUUUGGAAGGACCAGAGCUCCUGAGAGCUACCGUGGUGGUUCCCAGGAACCCACUGUGAAGAUAAGGAGACUGAGUCCUAAGAAUGGGUUCAUCUGAAAGUGGAGAGGAACUCCUCUGCAGGCCCUGGUGUGAAUCUUCACGCAAAGGUCUCAGCCUGAAAUGUGGAAAUGGCUGAACAGAAGCUGCCUGGCUUUUGAACACCAGUUAGUCCCUGUCCUCAUGUCGUGCCUCGGGCUGAGGGUGAUUCAGAGGCAAGUGCCUGUGACAGUGGAUGCAAUUAGAUCUAAUGGGACGGAGGCCUUUCACGUCGCCCUCGCUCUAUGCCCACCCCCGCCUCCCUCAGGCGCAGCAGGCGUGGAGAGGAUGCGCAGGAGCGCCUCCUCGCCACAGCCCAAGGGCUUCAGAAGGGCCGUCUCGGAGCAGGAUGCCAAGCAGGUUGAAGCCAUCAUGUCCCCAAGGUUCAUCGGGCGGCGGCAGAGUCUCAUCGAGGAUGCUCGGAAAGAGAGAGAGGCAGCUGCAGCUGCAGCGGCGGCAGCAGCAGCCUCCUCAGAACCUGGGAACCCCCUGGAGGCGGUGGUAUUUGAGGAGCAGGAUGGGAAGGCUGUUCUUAACCUGCUCUUCUCCCUGAGGGGCACAAAACCCUCCUCACUGUCUCGGGCUGUGAAAGUAUUUGAGACAUUUGAAGCCAAAAUCCACCACUUAGAGACCCGGCCUGCCCAGAAGCCACUGGCAGGAAGUCCCCACCUGGAGUACUUUGUGCGCUUCGAGGUGCCCAGUGGAGACCUGGCCGCCCUCCUCAGUUCUGUGCGUCGGGUGUCUGAUGACGUGCGCAGUGCCAGAGAGGACAAGGUUCCCUGGUUCCCAAGGAAAGUGUCAGAAUUGGACAAGUGUCACCACCUGGUCACCAAAUUUGACCCUGACCUGGAUCUGGACCAUCCGGGCUUCUCUGACCAGGUUUACCGCCAGCGCCGGAAGCUGAUUGCAGAGAUUGCCUUCCAGUACAAGCAGGGUGAACCAAUUCCCCAUGUGGAGUACACUGCGGAGGAAAUUGCUACCUGGAAGGAAGUCUAUGCCACACUGAAGGGCCUCUAUGCUACCCACGCCUGCCGGGAGCACCUAGAGGCUUUCCAGCUUCUGGAACGGUACUGCGGCUACCGAGAGGACAGCAUCCCGCAGCUGGAGGACGUGUCCCGCUUCUUGAAGGAACGGACUGGCUUCCAGCUGCGACCCGUGGCCGGCCUACUGUCUGCCCGUGAUUUUCUGGCCAGCCUGGCCUUCCGUGUGUUUCAAUGCACACAGUACAUCCGCCAUGCCUCCUCGCCCAUGCACUCACCUGAGCCGGACUGCUGCCACGAGCUGUUGGGACAUGUACCAAUGUUGGCUGACCGCACAUUUGCCCAAUUCUCCCAGGACAUUGGACUUGCCUCUCUGGGGGCCUCAGAUGAAGAAAUUGAGAAACUCUCUACGGUGUACUGGUUCACUGUGGAGUUUGGGCUGUGCAAACAGAACGGGGAACUGAAGGCUUACGGUGCAGGGCUGUUGUCCUCCUAUGGAGAGCUCCUGCACUCCCUGUCAGAAGAGCCUGAGGUCCGUGCCUUUGACCCAGACGCGGCCGCCGUGCAGCCCUACCAAGACCAGACCUACCAGCCGGUGUACUUUGUGUCUGAGAGCUUCAGUGAUGCCAAGGACAAGCUCAGGAACUACGCCUCCCGUAUCCAGCGCCCAUUCUCUGUGAAGUUUGACCCAUACACACUGGCCGUUGAUAUACUGGACAGUCCUCAUACUAUCUGGCAUUCCUUGGAGGGGGUCCAGGAUGAGCUGCACACCUUGGCCCACGCACUGAAUGCCAUUAGCUAAAUGCAUAGGGUACCAUCCACAGGUGCCAGGGGUCUUCCCUAAAGUCUCCAACCCUUCUUCAACCUUCCCCAGCCCAGAGGCUUUCCCAUGCAUGCAGCUGGGCCAUGGGUACCCCCAGAAUCUGCUUGUGCCCUUUGAAGGGCUCCCCCAAGGAACCUCACUGUUUCAGUCCCAUGUCUUACUACUGCACUCCAGGGUGGCCCUGCUCACCCUCUGCCCUUUGUGCUGUCCACCACCUGGUCAUUAGCUCAAUAAAGGAAGGAAAGGUCUCAA